CUCUCGCCGAACUGCGCAUGUACCGGACGUCAAUUCAAAGGCACUCAUUCGAUAUAAAAUUGUUUCUGACACAUUAAAAUGUAUCAGUUUGUCACUAUCACGAGGUUGGAGUAAUACCAUGUUUAACUACUGAAGAAACCGGCUCGAAUCUAGGUUUUGCCCUUUGAUUUCGAGAAAAUGGAAUAUGGAAUAUUUUUCACUUCUCAAACCCCAAACCCCGACCUGGUCUUUCUGGUCUGUUUCACAAGCGUUCCCGGAAGUCUCGCGAUGUUGCGCCUCUGGGUUUAGAAACUCCAGUCUCUCUAACAAUUAGUUGAAAAUCCAGUUGAGGCUAUUAUAUAUCAUAUAGUUAUAAUUGCGCGAUACUGUAGUAAAGUGGCAUCAUAUUAAUACAGGAUUGUGUAGCCAGAUGAACAAAUGGUAGAGUCUGGUCGAACGUGCCGCCCGUCUCCAUCUGCUGUCGCUAAAUGGAUGGCACUGGACUCUAGUACACCAAUCAUGUUCGGAGGAUUGGCCCAAACACACCAAUAGGAAUUAGGAGCGUCUUGUUGUGGUACUGUGCUAGAUAGGUUGCGCUGUGAAGAAAAGUCACCACCUUGUAAAAGCUCUCAAAUCAAGGCCACCGGGAAUGAGCACUGCUAGCUACAUGCCAAUAGGUUUGCAUUAGAAGGUCGAAAGUAUUUACAACGCCUUUGACAUUUUUCCCGAACCGUUUUAUGACUACAUUGCUGCAAAUAUUAGAUAUAGGGCAAUACCAAUACUCAAGUGUCAAAGUCGAACUAAUUUACCUUCGUAGCUACGUAUUUAGCAAGCUAGCUAGCUUGCUAGGUCAGGUGUAGCUAACGUUAGACAGCAACAUUAGCCUUUUGCAAACAUGGCUGCGAUGAGAGUUUCCUAUCACAAACUGCUGGAUAAGAUCGGGCUAAUGUUGCCAGCAAAACUGAGACCUCUCUACAAUCACCCUGCAGGUCCAAAGACUAUUUUCUUCUGGGCCCCGAUGUUCAAAUGGGGUCUGGUCGGGGCUGGUCUGGCAGAUAUGAGUCGACCAGCUGAGAAACUGAGCUUUUCCCAGUCUGCUGUACUGACAGCCACAGGUCUGACCUGGUCCAGAUACUCUUUGGUCAUCAUUCCAAAGAACUGGAACCUCUUUGCUGUCAAUUUAUUUGUGGGUAGUGCUGGAAUAUCCCAGCUCUACAGGAUCUUCCAGUAUGAACAAGGGAAGAAGGCACUAGCAAAGGAGGAAGCUGCCCCAGCAGAGUCUUGAAUUAUGUCACCAGUCCAUCUCCAUGGACUGUAAGGGAGCUUAUCACCGGCACAAACUCAGUCCCUCUAAGCCCCUCCAUCCCUUUUCCAUCCUCACUCGAUUUUACAGUAGAAAAAAAACAAUGUUUCCUUGCUGUAGAUCAUGUAAUUUGCCUGGAUUUCUUCAGGGUUAUAAUGGCAUAUUAACCCUCACCAAACACUCAAAUGUUUGUCAUCUACGCACAAGCUGUAGUAUUUAAGUUUUACUUCAUACAACAAAUUGCAUGACUGUUUUUUAAUUUGUUCAUGAUUAAUGUUUAGCAUGCACUUUUUGGGAAGUGUUGCAUUUUUUCCGUUAUUUCUUUUGAGUAGUCGUCAUUUCUCAUGGAGUGGUUUCCAAACAAGGAAGGUCUUGGAUCUGUGUUGAUUGUGGUUAAAAAGAAUGUCUCCCCAAAUUAAAAAUGUUUUAAAAAAAUGUCACUUUCAUCCCAUAUGCUUAUUCAACUAUUUUCAGCAAUUUUGGUAACUAUGUCUAUAUCAGUAGGAUGAUUAAACCGUACAUGCAUACCAUGUGACUGUUCCUUCCACGUGUAGUAAAUGCUUUAACCAAUAAAUCAGGUUAAAAAAAAACUAUUCAUAUAGCUUUUAACUGUAGACUUUCAAAUGCCAGUAGGAAAUCACCUUUUUCCCCCUGAUCAUUAGGAGGAACCUUUUGGUAAUGUGUCCUAUGUGUUACAGUCUUGGGGGCUGAAUCUAGCGUGGUACUUGGACCCAAGAAGGACAACCUGUAUUGGCCCUGUAGUCAAGGUCCUCGUCUCCUAUUGAUUGGUUCUCAGUAGUUGGGAGACGCAUAAUCUGUUAGUGUAACUAGAUGAGAAUUUAAAAAGUCAUUUUGUUCAUCGAUCUCUGAAAUUUUAUAGCAAUAACUGGCUAAAUACAUUGGUCCACAAUGCACUGAAACAUGAACAGGCACUUAUGUAUGUUGAGGUUAUAUCUUUAGUGCCUAUGAUAUAUAUGCCCUUAUUUGUUCUGUUGAAUUAAAAAAUCUUGGCAUA